AUGGCCAAAUUCACCCAAUCCACCCACCCCUCGUGGAUAGGUUGCGAGGAGAAUAGCGCCCCUACUGCAGACCUUAACCUCUACAAUCAAUCCAAAGCGUCCCACUUGCUUCCUAUCGGUGACGAGAGUUCUGGGAUCGAUAAGAUUGUAAGAGCGGUUGCCGACAAUAUUGUCCACCAUGCAGUAGCUUAUGACAUUAGUUCCGGGCUCAUGAGAGACGCUCCAAUUCCUAGGACGAGGAUCUGGACAACCGAAGAAAUAACACAGAAGUUAGGGGAGCUGAAGGUUUAUGAGACUGAGAAUGCAGAAUCUGUACGGAAGGCUAAGGCUCUCAAGAAUGAAAGAGAUUCCUUAGUUAUUAUGCCGCCGGAAUCGUGGGACACGUCUGAUUCACAAGCCAAACGUGCUGGAUACCCUCCCGAAAUCGCUGCAGACGCCCUUCAAAGGCUUUUAGAGCGCGACAAAUGGCCAAGGAAUGCAAUUGCCGCCAUUGGUCAGGAGGCCGGUACUAGGCUGUUUACCGCCGAAUGCGCAAAGCUAGGUAUCGACGCAAGGGAACUGACUGUAGCCAAUUGGAACAAAGAUAUGGAAAAGGAGGGACGGAUACCUAUAGGAAGAACAGAUAUGCUAUUCGAUCCUGAGAUCAGGGAAUACUACAAAGAGCGAAACGAGCGAGACGCAUGUCGGGAUAAGACGAUUGUUUGGGUUGCUACGUCGGCCUCCGCACGUGGUCUUGAUGUUCCUGGGGUCUUCCAUCUAUACGUCUUACACCGCCUUGAGAAGGCAAGAGAGUACACUACCUAUUGCGGUAGAGUAGCUAGAUGGCCGUUUCCCACACUCGAAAAGGACAUCAAGGACCCAAGGAGUCUCGGAAUCGAGGUGCGUCGGGGCGUGGGAAAGGUAGUAAGUCUGCUAUUGGAAGACAAUGUAGUUCCAACCCCUGGCCUCAAAGGUUCAUCCUUGGGCCACCAGGUCAUUACUAAUGAUGGCUCGGACCACGCAAAUUGGUCCUGGCUGGGGGAGGGAUUGAUGGUUGCAAAAAUCGGCUGUCACAUUCAAAGCUACUAUGGGGAAACCGGGGAGUACCCAUGCGGGCCGGAAGUGCGAAUGCCCAAGUUCACAUGGCCGCAGGCUCCUUCGCCCACCCCGAGCCGCGCUUUAAAUCUCUUAGAUGUUGCGCUUGGGUCUGACCCCUCGCAAAAGUCACCAUUCUCUAACCCCGCGAGAGGAUCGCCACCUGACCAGAUCCCCAGAGAUCUCUCCGAGCCACCCCCAGAGCAAACAAAGCGAGUGUCAGAAAAUUCCCAACUCGAACCCUCGACCGACCUGCCAGACAUGUGGGGCCUUCCCUUCCCUGAUGGCUCUGGCGAACCUGAAGAGCUGCAACAGCGAAACAGAAACCCCGACGACGGCGAUGGCGUCAGCUUCCGAUCUCCAGAAGAAGAUUUCGGAGCGGACUGGUGCUCUCGCCGUGCACGGGAAACGGAAGCAAGCAGAUUAUCCACCAGGGCCAAAAACGCAGACGAUAGAUACCGGGAACCUCUAACAAAGUCUCGACGAGGCCCCGGCAAAUCUAAAGCACCAAAAGUCUCAGCAUUCAACAUGCAUGUUGGCAAAGACGUGAACCCCAAUUACAUAUCUCCACGAGAACAAUUCCGACCGGACCUGAAGAGUGAGAGUGAGCGGAAAGAGGAAGCAAAAAUGUUAUCGCUCACAGCCAUAGACGCAGUGGAAGGGUACCAGGAGCCCCCGGGGACACUCAAAGUAAGGAUGCAUGGGUUCUACCCCGAUCGAACUAAGCACCCGAAGAAGCCGAAACGGAAUUCGAGCUUUAGCGUAACAUGUGUGCCGUUCAGGGGGGAGGGUGAGGAAAAGGCUGAAGGGGCAAGGAAGAAAAGGGCGCCAAAGGCGGAGGAAAAGGCCAAGAAAAAGAGGGCGCCAAAAGUGCAAGAAGAGACAGCGGAGGCGGAUACAAAGUCGGGGAAAACUAGAAAGUCAAAAAGGGCGUCGAAACAGCCGAGAGGUCUGGCAGCGGAAGCGAUAGACGAUCUCAAGAACGCACUUGAGAAUGAAAUUGUGGGGCAAACGCAGGACACCAAAUUCAAUGAUACCAUGGACAAAGGCGCUUAGUUUACAUCUGUACAUUGGAGCAAAGGGCGAGGCAGGGUAGAUUCCUCUUUUCUUCGCUCCUUUCCCCUUUCCCUUCUACUACAUACUUCCUUUUCUUUUCUGUCCUUUUCAUUCCAUUUCUAUUUCUUGCUUCCUCCCCCCUCUCCUCCUCACUCUCCAUAUGCCCUUUCUUCAUUUUGUUCCAAACUUCCGAAAGGCUAUUUGUAGAAUUGCGUAAAAAUGUUCAUGCAUCAUGGUAGGUGGUGGGUUUUGUACAUUAUAUAGCCGAUUGAUGGGGUGGGGGUAGUUGGCGAUGACGAGCGGACGAAGAAGAGAUAUCUCUUGGGUGUUGUUAUGCGAAAAAUGUACUGUUGCAUUUUAAAGAGUGUGGAGUUAUUGAGGUUUAAAGUUUGCAUAGC